CACCUCCCUCCCUCCUCUCUCUCCCAACUCUACCUCCCUCUCCCCCUCUCUCUACACUUCCAUGCAUAUAUAAAUGACGUAGCCCGUCUCCCCUCUGCGCAGACUCCUAUCCACAGCUGUAAUACCGGGUUCCAUUCCUAAGCGUUUCGUGCUUUUUCAAACAUGCCAGGCUUCGCUCCAUAUCUCACUCCUGAACAGGAGGCAGAACUCAAGCAGAUUGCUGCGGCUAUUGUAGCCCCUGGCAAGGGAAUUUUGGCUGCAGAUGAGUCUACUGGUUCUAUGGGAAAGAGGCUGACGGCCAUCAAUGUUGAAAACACAGAGGAGAAUCGUAGACGUUACCGUGAAUUGUUGUUCACUGCUGACCGAGAAUGUGCCAAAUACAUCAGCGGCGUCAUUAUGUUCCACGAGACGUUCUACCAGAAGACCAGUGCUGGCGUUCCAUUUGUGAAAGUGCUCCAAGACAAGGGUAUCAUUCCCGGCAUCAAGGUCGACAAAGGUGUUGUCCCUUUGAUGGGAACCUUCAAUGAAUGCACCACCCAGGGUCUUGACGGUUUGGCUGAACGCUGUGCUGAAUACAAGAAGGGUGGCGCCCAGUUUGCCAAAUGGCGCAGUGUAUUGAAAAUUGGAUCUUGCACUCCCUCAUACCAAGCCAUGAUGGAGAAUGCCAAUGUCCUGGCUCGUUAUGCCAUGAUCUGUCAACAGAAUGGUCUGGUGCCAAUUGUUGAACCAGAAGUCUUGCCUGAUGGAGAACACGACUUGGAAACUUCACAGAAAGUUACAGAAGUGGUGCUGGCUUUUACUUACAAGGCCCUUGCUGACCACCACAUCUUUCUCGAAGGUACCUUGUUGAAACCCAACAUGUGCACAGCUGGACACAGCUGCCCCAAGAAAUUCACCCCUGAGCAGAAUGCUACAGCUACAGUCACAGCCCUGAGGAGAACUGUCCCCUCUGCUGUACCAGGUGUGACCUUCCUGUCAGGCGGUCAGUCAGAAGAAGAUGCAACAAUCAACCUCAACGCCAUCAACACAUGCGCCUUACUCAAACCAUGGGCCCUGACCUUCUCAUACGGCCGCGCCCUCCAAGCCAGCGUAUUGAAGGCUUGGCAAGGCAAGGAUGAGAAUGUUGAAGCCGCCCAGAAGGAGCUGCUUGUAAGAGCCAAGGCCAAUAGUGAAGCAGCCGUCGGUAAAUAUGCAGGAAGCGGUCCCGGGGCUGCCGGCCAGGAUUCUCUCUACGUCAAAGAUCAUGCUUAUUAGAAACCCACACAUAAACACACACACACAAGCUGCCCCAACAGCUUGUCUCUAAGUAUUAUUAUUAAUUAUUAUUACUAUUAUUACAAUCCAAUAUUUAACUAUCAUUUUGUGGGAGGGUCUCUACAACGGAUGCAAUUAUAGUUCAUUAGUGGGUUUCUUUUUAUUGUAAGGGUUCUUCCAAUUAAAUUUAAUUUAAUUAUUCUGCUGGGAUUUCAUUUAAAUUUCGUAGCAAGGAGGGUUAUUAACAUUUUCCA